AUGACUCCGUACGUCAUCGCUCUAGGCGUGCUCGUCGCCCUGAUGACCUUCUUCCACGUGUCACCGUCGCAGCCGUCGGCUGGAUUAAGCUCCUUCGGUCCGUCCUACCUUCCGCCGAAUCUCGGCUGGGUCGCGUUUCUGUUUCCCAGCACGAGCAAGAUUGACGCGACAAUCUGCCGCGCGGAGGCGAAUUAUUGGGAGAACGUUGAGCGCAGGCGCAAGGAGUUCAAUGGCGCGCUACAGCCGAUGCUGGGCAACCCCGUGCGCAUGAAAGAGCUGAUUCUUGUUCCCACGUACACGUGUCCCCUCAACGAGCGCAUUGGGAAAUGGGGCGAUGGCGGGAAGUGGGCGUGCAUGCUGCCGUCUGUCAUCCAGAAGAAAGACCCCGUCGUGUACAGCAUCGGCAGCUUCGGCAUGUACUCGUUUGAGAAGGAGAUGCACCAAAUGCUGCGCACCAUGCCCUACACAUUCGACCCCUUCCUCCCCCCUGCAAAGCGCAACAUCAUGGCAUCCCUCCCCUUCCUCCACUUCAUCGAAAUCGGCCUCUCCGGAUCCGCCUCCCUCCCCGCCUACCGCGCGAAAUUCCCCGAGAAAAAAUUUGCGACGCUGCCCGAGAUUAUGGGGCAGUUCGGGCAUAAUUACGUGGACGUGUUUAAGAUUGACUGCGAGGGGUGUGAGGUCGAGUGGAUCAAGGACCUUGGCAAGCUGUAUAACAACACUGGAAAGAGGUUGGCGGUGCAUGGAGGGAAGCUUCCUUUUGGGCAGAUCCUCAUCGAAUUUCACAACAUGGACAAGAGCGUGAAGACCCUCACCAUGGUGUACACACUCGAGAAUCUCGGGUACCGCAUGUUCAGCAUCGAAUACAACCACCGCUGCGCCGUGUGUUGCGAGAUGAGCUUCAUUCAUGAGAGUCUUGUAAGGCCAGAUAGCGCCACCGAUUGCCGCCCGUUCCUGGCGCCCCCGCUAGAGGACAAGCUGGAAGUGGAGGUGGUGUCUGAGGGAGGUGCCUGGGAAGCUGGUGGGUUUUGA